ACAGCAUCUACCAACUCAACUGGUAGAGAGUCCAGACAGAGAGUGAGGGCGAAAGGGGUAGCAAGGAGAAGCCUGUAAUAAAAUCAAGAAGAAGCCAGUAAAGACACAAUGUUUUCGAAGGAAACAGUGGAGAUCCAAUGUUCAUAAGAGGUGCUUCAAUCGUAAAGUGCACAUGUGAAAGAUAAUCCAUUUCGAGAUUGUAAUGCGUGGCAUUUUACGUGGUACACUAUACUGUGCUUUGUGGUAUGGUAGCAUAGUAGCAGGUUUUUUAUUCAUCGCCUGUCCGUUUAUGCUGUUGAUGUUGUUUCAUCCCCCGAGAUUUCGAAAAUGCGGAGAGCUCUUAUUUUCGUGCUGGGAACUUUAUCCUACCGCUCUGUUGAGGAUACUUGGCGUAAAAAUCUAUGUAUCCGGUGAUCAUAUAUCCCCGUACGAGUCGGCCAUACUCGUGAUGAAUCACAGAACAAGAGUGGACUGGAACUUCUUAUGGGCUGCAAUGUAUCAAGCAUGUUUGCCCAAUGUGGCUUGUCAUAGAUUGAAGUUUGUUUUAAAGGAUCCUAUACGGCAUAUUCCUGGUCCCGGAUGGAUGAUGCAAAUGAAUGGUUUCCUUUAUAUAACGCGACGUUGGAAAGAGGAUCAAGGCCGACUGUCGCGUACCCUUGACUACCUGAUCGCAUUGGACAAUCGCACCCAGUUGCUGAUAUUUCCCGAGGGCACCGAUCUGACAAGGAGUAGCAAAGAGAAGUCGGACAAGUACGCAGUGGAACAUCAGUUGCCGCAAUACGCGUACACCCUGCACCCGAAAACGACAGGUUUCGCUUAUCUGACCCAGCAUCUUCAGCGGACGAAUUUUCUUGAUGCCGUGUACGACUUGACGAUAGCAUAUCCGGAUUACAUACCACAAUCGGAAGUCGACCUGAUCAGGGGUAAAUUUCCGGACGAGGUGCACUUUCAUAUAAGACGAAUACCGUCCACGAAUAUACCCCUGCACGAUUUGACCUUGAGGAAAUGGCUGGAGAACAAAUGGUCCGAGAAGGAAGGGAUAUUGCAGCAAUUUUAUGAACGGAAAGCGUUCACCGACGAAAUUUGGCCGGUAACAAAAACGCUUCCAUUACGGGCCGCGUUUGGAUUCUGGACUAUAUUAACAGGUAUGGCGAUAUUGUUACUCAUCAUUUCUCCGAUCUUUCAAUUGUGGGCUUUGAUUCACGCAGCAUUUUUCAGUUUGUCGAUUUUCAAUAUCGGUUUUAAUCAGAUUGAGAUGGGGUGGUAUUGGCGCUGGAAAAGCUACACUUUUCACGCUAAACGUAGUUAGUCGAGAUAUUAUAUAUUUUUAUUUAUAUAAAAUCUAUAAUGAAAAGAAUCGUAGCUCUUUAUAUCUCUGUG